CCACAGACGGCAGCAGCACGGCAGCGCCCGGGAUAACAUGAUUAGCGCUCUAUCAGGUCCGCUCCGGAGCACAACUCGAUGCAGCCCAGGGAUCGCGGAUGUGCGGGGAGAGAGAGGAGACACAGGGGGAAGACUUGACGCUUCAUCUGCCAUAUGGAUCUUCUUUGCUUCCUAUUGAUCUGCAUAAAGUUCCCCACUGACAGUUGUUCGAAAGCCCGCGCGUCCCUGGGGCUGGAGAGGUUGUGUCGCCGCUUGUUGCCUCAAAUGAACUGACAGCCUUAUAAAUAUUUACAUCUUAUCCUCGUGGAGGCAGUGCACAAUGAAAGAGAAAAAUCCGUCCGGGAAAGCCUCAGAGGAGUGAUUCAGUUGCUUCCUUUCUCAGCCCUGCUCUGAGCUACUAGCUCUGUUCUUCCUGCUGGAUCUUUGGUAACCGCAGUUGAACUCAGUUAGCAAGUUGGCCAAUCUGCUGCAAUGGAGUUUAACAACCAGACCAACCAGACUCUUCCAGAGGUGGCCCCUUACAGCCUCCAGAUAUCCCUGCCACUCACUGUGCUGGUGGGGAUCAUGAUCCUGCUGACGGUGUUUGGUAAUGUGUUGGUGGUCAUAGCUGUGUUUACAAGCCGGGCCCUGAGAGCGCCGCAGAACUUAUUCUUGGUGUCUCUGGCGUCGGCAGACAUAUUGGUGGCUACCCUUGUGAUGCCUUUCUCCUUGGCCAAUGAGCUCAUGGGAUACUGGUACUUUGGCGAGGUGUGGUGUGAAAUAUAUCUGGCACUAGAUGUUCUUUUCUGCACUGCUUCCAUUGCCCACCUCUGUGCCAUCAGCUUAGACCGCUACUGGUCCAUCACACAGGCCAUCGAGUACAACCUAAAGAGGACGCCACGCCGCAUCAAGUGCAUCAUCUUCAUUGUGUGGGUCAUUGCAGCAGUCAUCUCUUUCCCGCCGCUAAUCUCAAUGGAGAAAGAAAACAACGAGAAGGACCCCGUGUGUAAGAUCAAUAAUGAUAAGUGGUACGUCAUCUCCUCCUGCAUCGGCUCCUUCUUCCUCCCCUGCGUCAUCAUGGUCCUGGUCUACGUGCGGAUCUACCAGAUUGCCAAAAGGAGGACACGGGCACCUCCAGGAGACAGGAAGCAGAGCGAGGUGCCGAGGACGGCCACCAUCACUGCUGCCGACCCAAAGCAGAACGGCGUGGGCAAUGAGGACCGCCUUUGCCACGAGAAACUAAACGGUGAGCAGGACAUCGAGCUGAAGAAGGGAGUGGAAGGAGAAGGAGGAGCAAAUGAGGACAAAGGAGAGGUCAACGGGGUGGACAUUGAGGAGUCGUCGUCGUCGGACCACAAACUGAACAAUCCCUGCUCAAUCAAAAAAAAAGUGGCCAAGCGGAAAACCAAACUGACCCAAAUCAAACCGGGGGACAAUGACGUCCAGAAGCGGUUGCCGAGCACCAAAGGCAGCCGCUGGAAGGGCCGCCAGAACCGGGAGAAACGAUUCACCUUCGUCCUGGCUGUGGUCAUUGGAGUGUUUGUCAUCUGCUGGUUUCCCUUUUUCUUUACGUACAUGCUGAUGACGUUGUGUGAGUCCUGCCCUGUACCUGACACCUUGUUCAAAUUCUUCUUCUGGUUUGGUUAUUGCAACAGUGCGCUGAACCCCAUCAUUUACACCAUCUUCAACAACGACUUCAGGAGGUCGUUCAAAAAGAUACUGUGCAGGAGGGACACUAGAAGAUAUGUAUGAUGGACUGCAUCUUCGUGUACAUACUUUUUUUUUUAUACUAUGCUGUACAUAAACUGCAAAGUACAUCAGACCAUUGUGCGUGGAUCACUGGCUUGUGAACGCUCUAGGUGUAACUGCUUGAAAAGGCUUUCCCUGGAUGAGCUUUACGUGCAGCAUUUUCCAAACAUCCACCACCCACAGCUUCGACACCGACCACGAUGACACAGCGAGAGGUCUAAACAGAACAGAACACCACAGUGAAGCCAUGUUUUUAUUGUAAAUGUUAUUUUUAUUUUUAUAAAAGAAACAAACAUAGUGAAGCCCAUUAUAUGUGUUGUACUUUAUGACAGUAUGUUGUACAAAAUGACCUGUCUGAAUAUUUGUCUCCAUUUUGAUUAUGAUGAUGAUGAUGAUGAUGAUGAUGAUGAUGACAGUGUGGGGAAAUGUCGGCU